AGAUUUUGAAGAAUGAAGAGUAACUUAGACGACAACAACGAUGAAAAGCAGCCUGAGCGAAAGCGCCCUGCUCUUGCUAGUGUGAUUGUUGAGGCGAUGAAAGUUGACAGCUUGCAGAAGCUCUGCUCCUCUCUGGAACCUAUCCUCCGCAGAGUUGUGAGUGAGGAAGUGGAACGUGCUUUGGCUAAGUUCAUCACGUCUAGGCUAUGGUCAAAAUAUAUAGUGCCUCUUCAGAGAAAAUAAUACGGAAGUCUGAGAAACUCUUAAGAGAGAAAAGAAGUGAAGGUACACAUCCAAUUUGGAUCUUGAAGAAGAAUUCUAGCUCUCUCCGGUAAUGUUACCUCUUAAGUUAAUCAAAGCUUUCGGAUUAACUGCGUAUGUGAAACGAUUCUCUGUUUCCGUUUGAUAUGCUUCAAAAAGAUUCAAGAGCAUAACAUUGAUGCCUUAUGUGUUUAUAUGAUUAGGUGAUAUUUGUGGGGGUACAGGAAAAUGUAAAACUGUUACGGUUUGUCACUCCCUCUUUCCCAACAUUUAUUUGUAAUGUAGUUUGGUUUUGGUGGUGCCUCCUGUUUGCAAACAGGUGGAAGGUUUGCUUGGUCAGUUUAGGUACAGGUUUACCAAACAACAAAGGACUCAUUAGAAGGCCUGGUGCAGUGAGCUACUCGACACAAUGUACAAUGGUCGUCUUCUUCCCAAUUCUUGAGCCAGUAUAUAGUACAUGUCCUCAUUUCAUCUCCACAUAAGAUAAUUGGUCUGUUUUGACUGGGAAAAAUGAACUACUUAUUCUCUCAGAGCAGUGGCAAUAGUUAUGAUUAUAGAAGAGGAAGAAAAGUAAUACGUCAUCGAUGCAUGGGAAGCUAUAGGAGAAUGAAAUGCUAGAACAUGUUUUUGUAAUGGUUCUAGCUCUGUGUUGUUAAUUCUUUAUAAACCUAAUAGCUUUCUUCUUCUUUAGAGUCUUGACAACGAUACAAACAUCAGGCGUAUGUUGGCCUCUUGAACGUUCUCAAUUCUAUAUUUUUCACUUUUGAUAUGGGUGACUGAAACUUUUCUUUCGA